AACCGGAUCAGUGUAACACUAUCACACGUCGGUGCUGCUGUGGCCGUCAUCUGUGCUUCUUGCAUACAAUAUACUCGGACAUCAUCGAGCAGUUAUGGGGCUCACCAUUUCGGCGAUCUUCGAUCGGAUUUUUGGCAAAAAACAAAUGAGGAUCUUGAUGGUUGGGCUGGAUGCUGCCGGAAAGACGACUAUCUUGUACAAAUUGAAGCUCGGUGAAAUCGUGACCACCAUCCCAACCAUUGGUUUCAAUGUGGAGACGGUAGAAUAUAAAAAUAUCAGCUUCACUGUGUGGGAUGUGGGUGGCCAGGACAAGAUCAGACCCCUCUGGAGACAUUACUUCCAGAACACACAGGGCCUCAUCUUUGUGGUGGACAGCAAUGACAGAGAAAGAGUGGCAGAAUCUGCAGAGGAGCUCACGAAGAUGAUGAACGAGGACGAGUUGAAAGACGCCGUCUUGCUGGUGUUUGCCAACAAACAGGACCUCCCCAAUGCCUUUUCAGUCAGCGAGCUCACAGACAAACUUGGCCUACAGUCCAUCCGCAACAAAACUUGGCACAUUGAGUCAACCUGCGCUACCCAGGGCACUGGGCUGUACGAGGGACUGGACUGGCUAUCCAAAGAGUUGUCCAAUAAAUAAGAAGGAUCGGCCUCUCGGGGAGAUAAAGGCUGAACACCACAGGACGGGAAUAAAGGCACAGACAUUCAAUCCAGAAACGUUUGGUCUUCCAGAACCAAUGUUCACAAAAAGGAUAAGGCUGGUGGACGAUAUAUAAUCAUCUUUGGGUUUUAAUAUCACAUUUUUUCCUUUUUCUUAUCAAUUUAAUUACCAUAUUAUCUCUUUAUUGUCUGUUUUCUCCUUCUGUUCCUCUUCUCUGAUAUGGCAACAAUUUGUAAUUUCACAUGAUGAGCAAAUGACCAUUGAGGGAAAUUUUAUGGAAACAAUAAAUGGAGUUAUGGAAGUUGUUUUCACUUAACACCUCUGCUCCUGUCUAAGCAGAAUUUGCAGUAAUUGACCACUUGUAUAAUUGUUUGACUUUCUUGUUGCCAUUAUUGAGCCGAACUUGGGGGAUAUGAUGAUGUAUCUGGAGCUCUGGUGAGGGACAACUUGCUGACUCCUCGGGCUGUUCAGCUGUACGACCCCUCCUGGGGUAUUUGACUCCCCCCCCUUUGCUCUUCAGCAGUGUCUCAUGCCAACUCAUUUCUGUAAAGACCUGGAGCCCCUUAGGAGGUGAUGGAUGAGGAUUGCAUUGAUUUUCCAGUUAGAUUGUUGUGUGGAACCACAUGGCCUCCCAGUAAAUGGAUCCAAAGGGAAAACGGUGCCUUCUAGUCCCUCUUAACACAGAUCUGACUCAUCCUUGUCAUAUCUCAUUCUUAGGCUAUGCUCACUCGUGACGUGUUUGUUUUUGAAGGACAGAAUAUUACAAGGCACUUCCUUUUGUUCUGCCAUGUAUGCUGAGGUGCAGCAGAACCACGGCAGUGUUGGUGAACUUUGCUUCUUUGCAGCUUAACUAUCGUCCCGGGUUUCAUACUGUUUACGUCCUUCUAACCUUUUUAUUUUAUUAUAACCACCAUGCAUGAAAGCAGGAUUUAAUUAGCAUUUUCAUGUAUGCUGACACACUAAGAACAUAUUUUUGGAGGAAGGAGGCGCCUUUUCUGUGUUGACACAUGGCCCAGGCCGGUGUGACAGUACAGUAGAAUGUUUGUGUUGAGUUUGUUGUUCUGUCUGAAGGCAAAUACUGUAAACAAAAGCAUACCUGCCCUAUUGGUUUAUUUGUGUGUAUACAUUCCAACCUAUGCUUGCAGUUGCUUGAGCUGCCACUCUUAAAAUGAUUCCCGGAAAAAUAUUUUACAAAAAAAGCUCUGAAUAAAGACGAUGUUAAAACAAAUAUGUUUUUUGGACUCCUUGAUGAGGACCGCAAUUAUAAUGUCAUUUGGACUUGAAGCUUUUACUCCUUCAAAAUAGAGUUUGAUAACAUUCUGAUUACAGUAUUCAGACUGCCACGUCAAAUCAUGCUUACUUUAAUUUUAAACUUAGUUUUUCAUAAUAAUUGACUAAAAAACUCAACUGGCAUUUCUAUUGGGAACCGUUCCGGAUGAGAAGAAGUGUGAAAGGUUUUUAGGUUUAUUAAGAAAUUGAUCCAAAGGCAAGCAAGCAUAUUUUGCACCAGAGCUCAAAAGUCACGUGACUCUCACAGAUGUGAACUAACAAGCGGAGUUAAAAGUGAUGGUGGGGAGACCUGCAGAUGAUCUUUGUUCAUACUGGAUGAUAUCUGGGGGGGGAAUGCAGAGAACCUUCCAGCAUGUUGGUUGAUAUGUUUCGUUGUAUUUCGUUAUAUGGUCAGUAAAUGGCUGUUUGCUAAAUGGGAGACUGUUGGUUUUUGUGGCAGUUUGCACAGAAAUUAGAAAAGUGGACGGUACACAGGAUGCUGUAUAAAAAAUGAUUUUUAAUUGUACUUAUAUUUUCUGUCAUGUUGGGUUCGGUGGAAAGUUCUGAUUAAAAAUGAAAAACAGA